GGCCUUCAGGGUCAUCAUGCCGCCCACAGACCAGUUACUGCUCCCGAGGCUCAUGUGACUAAGGGGUUUGAUCAUGGUACUGCCCUUGGACUACAGGGGCAUGAAGAUAUUGGAGCACCAACAGGUUUGACAAAUCAGCCAGCUUCCCACUUCCGUGAACAGAUGCAUAGACCACCUACUGCUUCUGAGACCCAUGAGGCUGAAGGCUUUGAUCAUGUUACUGCCCAUGGGGAACUGAAAGAUCAAGGACUUCAGGAGCGCAAGUUCAAAGUAUUAACAAGUUUAGAGGAGGAUCCUCACGUCCCUAAAGAUCGUCCAGAGAUGAACCCGCAUCCGGCCAACUAUCAGAGCAAAGUCACUGAUCCAACAGGCGCCAACAAUGAGAAAGCAGGAGUUGGUCCACUUGUUCAAUCAUUCGAGAAAAUGGGCGUCAAUGAUGUUCCAGAAACAACAGGAGAACAAGGGAUCGAAGGAAUAAGAACAGAGACAAGAGCAGCAGGGGACAUGGAACUUGAUCAAGGAACAGAGCAUGGUCAAUACACAGGAUCACAUGAUCAAUUUGCUCCACAAGAGACUCCUACUAAUUUCCCCUUAGUUCCUGAAGACACUGAAUCAGUUCCAAAGAGUAUGGAUCCAAGAAAUCCAGAAGAUUUACCUCAGGAUACACUAACUGGGAAACCAGGUAGCUAUACAGAGAAGAUUUCAUCUGCAACAUCAGUAAUUGCUGAUAAGGCAGUUGCUGCUAAGAACGUUGUCGCCUCAAAACUCGGGUACGCUGGAACAAAUGAGGAAACUAAAAAGACACAAGCAACAGAAGUUGAUAAAGAUUCAACAAGAACAAACUCAGCAACUGGACUAGCACAGAAAGCUGCGAGCACAGUUGCGGGAAAACUGGCUCCAGUUUAUGAGAAGGUGGCGGGUGCUGGUAGCACAGUCAUGGCAAAAGUUCAAGGCACUACGACUGGAGUUGCAGGACAUGAAGGGAAUACUAAAGAAACUGAUAAAGGGGUGUCAAUGAAGGAGUAUUUGGCAGAGAAAUUUAAGCCUGGAGAGGAAGACAAGGCACUUUCUGAAGUUAUUUCGGGGUCGCUUUCAAGACAGAAGGAGAAAACAGGAGAAACAGGGGAGGCAAAGCCAAUGGGAAAGGUGACUGAAUCAGAGGAAGUAGAGAGGCGAUUGGGUCCCAUUGGAAACACAAUGAAAGAAGAAAAUGGUGCAUCUGGAGAAACACAAGUCGGUGAAAGCUUCGGACAGGGUGUGGUGGAUAGGGUCAAAGGUGCUGUAAGUACAUGGUUUGGGAAAGGGGGUGAAGCACAAACGGCUUCCGGCAUUACAAAGGAUUCUGCUGUGGGUGGAGGUGCUGUUGUUGGGGGAAGGGUUGAAUAAUCAACAAUGUUCCACCAAAUCUUCAGCAACCAGGCAAUUGAAGUAGUUAUAAUUAUGAAUCCUAGACUUCUUUUACUUUCGUAUUUAUGCCUAAUUUUCUGUUUCUCCUUUUCUUGUCUUGUUUAUGGUAAGAGAGUGUAUGUAUGUUGCUCUGAUUAUUCCUAGGGAAGUUGUAUCUUUUGCCUAUUCUGUUAUUUUUCAAGUAUUCCACUAAAGUGUACUCAUGGACAUGUAAUUUUCUGUAUAUAUUGUUGUUGUGUUUCA